AUGUCCACGGAGACUUCAUUGUCCGCCCUACGAAAUGACACUCUCAUGAUAUGGUUGCCCGCAGAACUGACUGACUUUCGCUGGAGAAAUGGAGGCAUUGGUCUGAGUCACAGAAAACACUACCUAUCUGUUGAUUCAAGUUUAAAGCUCAAAUGUCUGAGUGAUUACCCUACGGUCAUUGAAAACGGUCUUUUCACGGAUAACGUCGUUGAUGAAGACUCAAUCGAAGGGCAUAGACUGGAUCCUAUUCGCCACACGGAAGUGUCUCGAGGCAGCGGAUUAGUCCUGCCAACAGUCUUUAAACCGCCCCCUUCGGCAACUCCCCAAAGUCUGAUCCCUGCGAGCAUUGGACGCAAUGCUCACCCACAUGUGACACGAUUUAUUCGAGUGGACGAUCCAAAGUCUUUUCUUAUCUGCACCGACGGUGCAUGCCUCGGCAACGGGCAAGUUGAGCCUAAAGCAGGAUGGACUUCUGUCUUCGGGCCUCUAGAACAAAACACCAAUGCGAGUGUAAACGAACGUCUGGAACACCAGGGUCCAUUGGGCGACUUCGGCAACCCGACCAACAACCGAGCAGAGCUUCGAGCUAUCAUCGGCGCUCUUCGUUACAGGAACUGGGCAAGCGAAGGGUUCACCACUCUUGUCCUGGCGACUGAUUCAGAAUAUGUCGUCAAAGGUGCAACAGAGUGA